AUGUCAGACAGUACUGUGAUCGACAGAUUUCGUCUUUCCAUUUACUCAUAUAGAUUAAGUACUUUAAGUAACUGGCCUUAUGAUGGGAAUUCCCCUUGUACAGCUGAGAAAAUGGCCAAGUCUGGGUUCUACCGACCGAAUCCAAACUGUCCAACUACUACACAGUGUUUUGUUUGCAUGAAAGAGUUAGAAGGAUGGGAACCUGAUGAUGAUCCAGACAAAGAGCAUAAAAGUCAUUCACCGAAGUGCCCUUUCCUCAAAUCCAAGCAAUAUGAACAAAUGACUUAUGAAGAAGGUUUAACAAUGGAUGUUGAAAGAUAUUGUACUUAUCUUUCCAAGAUUCUUUCGGAUCAGUAUGAUGUCCAAAAAGUCCGAAAGGCAUUUAAAAUGUUAACUGAUAUUGUAUUAUCCAAACUACCAAAGCGAAAUAAAAAAAAGAAAUCGAACCUCAGCAAAACAAAACACUCAAUUAUGUCAAAUUCAAGUAUUAAGUCAACCAGGAGUACUCGAAGCAAAAGAAUAUGA